AUGGAUAUUAUCCAAGAUGAUGAAAACAUGCCUGGCCCUAUGAAGGGAACCUAUAGGGAUACAUUGUUGGCUAGUCAUGGAUUUGAGGAAGACCAUAGCGCCUCAUUAGACAUGGAUGACGAUGAUCCCAACCUUGAAGAUAAGUGGUAUAGAAACGAUGAUGAUCACAAAAAUGAGGAGAAACCCUUCAACCCUUGUCCCACAAUUCCUGUAUCUAAGGAGGAAUUUGAAGAGUGGUGUAAACCAUGGAAGAAUGCCUUCAUGGUCAAAGUGCUGGGUAAAUGUAUCACGUUUGCGUUUAUGGAACAACGACUCCAUAGAAACUGGAAAAAGAAAGGUAAGAUUCAUGUUAUUGAUAUGAAUCGUGACUACUUCAUGGUUCAUUUUGCAGAUGAGGAGGACUAUGCGCACGCGCUUAUGGAAGGUCCCUGGAUGAUUGCUGGUCACUACCUCAUAGUGCAGAGAUGGAGGCCUUUUUUCCUAACCAGAUCCACCGAGGUCAGAAAGAUUGCCGCCUGGAUUCGCACCCCAAAUCUGCCGAUUGAGCUUUAUAACCAUCGAUUUCUUUGGAGGGUUGGCUCGGCCAUUGGACAUAUGCUUAAGGUUGAUCGCACUACCUCUAUCCAUUCGAGGAGAAAGUUCGCCCGGAUAUGUGUUGAGAUCGACUUAUCAAAACAACUAGUGCCACGUAUUUCUGUUCUUGGCUGCGAGCUAAACCUAGAAUAUGAAGGUUUAUACCAAAUUUGUUUCUCCCGUGGCAAGUAUGGCCAUAGAUCGGAGCAAUGCAUGGAAGGCAGUGCUAACAGCGGUGCCCAUACGGAAGAAAAUCGUGCUGCCGACGCUCCGCAAGGUGGGACCCCAUCUAACAUUGAUGCUGAUGAAAAUGGAAGGCCCGCAAACCAAUAA